AUUCCGAGGAAAAAAACCGAAAACAUACGAAUAAAUUGAGAAUGAAGUUUUAAAAAAUUAACCAAGUUUUUAUUGUUAUUUAUUUAGGAUUUCUUUAUAACGCUAAAUAAACUGCUAAUAUUAUGGUACGAAUAUAAAUUCUAGCUAUUUUAUAUUAAAAAUUAUAGUGCCUUUUUAUGAUUAUUUGACAAAGUAAAGAAUACGCCAGAAAAACAUGUCUGGGAAAAAAGAUAGGGAAAAGGAUAAAGUAGAGUAUAAGAAGAAGUUGGAGCAUAAAUUGUACUUGGCUAGAGAAAGUCCAGAACCAGUUUUUGAUUUAAGCGAUUGUGAUUUAAAACAAGUUCCUACGGGAAUCUAUUCGUUGUGUCGAGUAUUUUUAAAAGACGUUUUAAAUCUCGGUGUGAAUCGUUUAACUACUUUACAACAUGGAGGGUCAUUGUCAGAUUUAAAAAACCUUAUGGUUUUGGACUUACGUAAUAAUAAAUUUGAUACAAUAACAGAGGAUAUUAAAUUUCUUGGAAAUCUCAGGGAACUUUAUUUACAAGACAAUCAAUUACAAAAGCUACCAGAUUCUGUAGGAUUACUCGGAAAAUUAACGGUUUUAGAUGUAUCAGAUAACUACUUAGUAAUAUUACCAGAAUCAAUUGGAAAUUUGAGUAAAUUACAUACGUUAUCAAUAAAGGGUAAUUCUAAAUUAAGAAAACUGCCUAUAUCGUUUUGUGGACUUCGUUGCUUGGAGAAUUUAACCUUUGAUCCUGACCAAUUUUUGUAUCCACCAAAAGAGAUUUGUCGAGCUGGUAUUGAAAUUAUUAUUGACUUCAUUGUUGAUGAUAUUGGUAUACCCUAUGAAAAUUUACAUGCUCGUAGAUCAAGCGAAGAUUUCGAUCCACGAAAAUCAAGUGUAGAUCCAACAACACAGAAUUUUGAAGAAAAAAUUGCUGAGAUUGAGAAACAAAAGAGAGAUAAGCAAUCUGUAAUGUUGAGAGUUGAAGAAGAGAGAGAAGCAAUGAGACAACAGGAGGUGAAAUUUCAAGAAGAAAAACGGCAGAAUCAAAAGAGGCUACUGGAGGAUGUUACACUCGACCAAGGGAAAAUUGAUGCAAGACUCAGUGAAAUACAACAAGAUAAAGAUUUUGAGAAAAAGAAAUUUGUAAAUGAGUUAAAAGCAAAAGAGCAUGAAUCUGAAAAGGCAAUAUGUAAAUUUAUGGAACAAACCAAGUUGAGCAAAACCCAAGCAUCACAACAACUUGACUUUGAUCGGCGCGAACAUACUCGAUUAUUUGAAGAUGUUAAAAAGAGUGAUAAAUUAAAACGUGAUGAAAUUCUUGAAGGAAUGAAAACUGUGCUUGAAAAAGAAAAGGAACGAUUCGAAGACUACAAUAAACUUAAGGAUCAAACAGUACACACUGUAUUACUUGAUGAAGUGCAUUCAUGUGCGAAUAUGGACCAGACUAUUAAACAAAAAUUAGAAAAUAAUCAACAUUUAACAGACCAAUUGCUUCAAGAUAAUGAAUUACAAAAGAUGGCUGUUGGUAAGCUUUUAGAGCGUAGUGACGCUCGAUCCUGGGCUUUGCUACAACUUGUAAAUUUCGUUAGUAAUCAAUUAGCUAACUUAACAUCUAUCGAAUUAGAUAAAAGAAAAUUAAAAAUUGAUGAACAUAUGAAUGAUUUAGCUGAGAAACGUUCGGAACUUUGUGCUCAAUUAAUGGAUCUAUUAGACAAAAAAGAUAAACGACAGUCGUAUCUUUUAGCAGAAUUACAAGACAUGGAUAAUCGUAUUGAUAAAGAUACUGAUUUUUGGCUAUUACAAUAUCAACGAUUAGUAGAUAAACAACCACAACUAAUAAAAAAUUUACAGCGUAAUUUGGAACCACAAUUUGUACAAGAAAUGGUUAUGAAUGGUGUAAUACAUUGCCUACCAUUUUUAGCACCAUGGGCACACUCAAAGUAUGCAUUAGCAAAAGUGACGGAUGGUGAUUUAUCAAGAGCGGGUAUUUCAAAAAAAGCAGAACGUAAAACUAUUUUAGGAUUACUUGCGAAUUAUACUAACAAAGGAUUGUUGCAGCCUAGUUCACCAACUAGUAGUUUACCGGCUAGUAAACCGGUGACUCCUUCAGUGAGUGCAACUGCACCGCCUAUUGCUGCAGAACCUACAGCGCCUCCACAACAAUCUGGAACUGGUUUUGCUGACGUUGAGUGUGUUAUCUGCAUGGAUAGUUUUUGCGAAGUGGUUUUUAUUCCAUGUGGACAUAUUUGUACAUGUUUGUUGUGUUCAACAAGUGUCGAAAUUUGUCCAAUAUGUAGAGCAGAAAUUUUAAAACGGGUUAAGAUGCAUGCACCAUGAAUUGAUUACAAAAUGAUCUGUGUGAAACACAAAACACAAUUUUUUUUGAAUAUUUACUAAUAAAUUACAAAUAAAGUGCGCACUGUGAUUCAUUUAACCGACACACAAAUUUUUUAAGUGAGUACACUAAUUUUGUGUGGGUG